GCGAUAGCCAGCAGAGGGAAGCGGGGCUUUGCUUGCAGCAGGGGCUGGAGCGAGCCUACUUGGAGGAAAUACUGCAGCCUUCUGGACUGCGUCUGCUUCUCGAGGGAGAGGCUGGCCGUGGAGUUCCACCCACCGGCUGGAGGGAAGGAAGGAGGGGUGGGGGUUUGAAUGAAAGGCAAGGCGAGACCUUAAACACCAUGCCGCUCCGCAAGGGAGGCAGCAGCAACUAGGCUCUCGCAAGCCAAGGCGCCUUUUUUUUCCUUUCCCCCUUUUUCUUUUUCUUCCCCCCUUCUCCCCCCCAACAAACAAAAAAACCCGCUCCCCGCCCCCUUUUUGGCAAAAAAAAAAGAGGGGGUAAAAAAAGGUGGAGGGAGAAGGAUCUGCGAGGACGCUGAUCUGCAGAGAUCCUGAGUUUUUAACCCGGUCUUCCUGAUUUCUCCAACCGGAAUCCCCCCUCCUCCUCCUCCCCCCGCGCACCUUUUCCAGACACUUGGCAAUUGACAUUACUUCAAGCCAAAGCGGGUGGGAGGCAGGAAAACCCCGCUGUGUGGGGAGGAGGGGUGGAAAGAAGAGCGCAACAAUAUAUUUACAUCUCUCUAGCUAUAAAUUCUUCCUUCUGCAAUUUUUUUCCCUUCUUCAUUUUUAAUUAUUAUUUUUUUUAAACACAAAAACCUUUACCCCCCACCUUUUUUCUUUUUCUUUUUUGCUUCUUGCUGUGUUUGGAACUAGCGAGCGGUUUAGAAGGCAAGGAAGUCUGGACACACAAAAAGAAAAGAAAAAAGAGCGCCUCUCACCAGUCAUCCGUACUGUCAGGAAUAGUGGGGUUUUAAGCGGAAGAAAGGCCUGAGGCUCUACAGUCUUGUCAACGAGUUUCCCUGCAUCGGAGAUAAAGAUUCCAGCUACAUGGGCAAACGCUUGGAACAGCAACCAAUGUACCCUCAGUACACUUACUAUUACCCUCAUUAUCUCCAAACCAAGCAUUCCUAUGCACCAGCUCCCCACCCCAUGGCUCCUCCCAGCCCCAGUACUAAUAGUAGCAACAACAACAGCAGCAACAGCAGCAGCGGCGGCGAGCAGUUGAGUAAAACCAACCUGUACAUCCGAGGCCUUCCACCCGGCACCACCGACCAGGACCUUAUCAAGCUGUGCCAGCCGUAUGGAAAAAUUGUAUCCACAAAAGCAAUUCUAGACAAAAACACAAAUCAGUGCAAAGGUUAUGGUUUUGUAGAUUUUGACAGCCCAGCAGCAGCACAGAAGGCAGUAGCAUCUCUUAAAGCAAAUGGAGUUCAAGCGCAAAUGGCAAAGCAACAAGAGCAAGACCCCACAAAUCUUUACAUCUCAAACUUGCCCAUUUCCAUGGAUGAACAGGAGCUGGAGAAUAUGCUGAAACCCUUUGGACAUGUCAUUUCCACCAGAAUAUUAAGAGAUGCUAAUGGCGUCAGUAGAGGAGUCGGCUUUGCCAGGAUGGAAUCUACCGAAAAAUGUGAAGUAGUUAUUCAGCAUUUUAAUGGGAAAUACCUGAAAACACCCCCUGGUGUGCCAGCCCCAACAGAACCUUUGCUGUGCAAAUUUGCUGACGGAGGGCAAAAGAAACGACAGAAUCAAAGCAAGUACACGCAGAAUGGGAGGCCAUGGCCACGAGAAGGAGAGGCUGGCAUGGCCUUGACAUAUGACCCCACGGCCGCUAUUCAGAAUGGAUUUUAUUCCUCACCGUACAGCAUUGCUACAAACCGCAUGAUCCCACAGACAUCUAUCACGCCAUUCAUUGCUGCUUCCCCUGUCUCUACAUAUCAGGUUCAGAGUACUUCAUGGAUGCCUCAUCCGUCAUACGUUAUGCAACCAACAGGUGCUGUGUUAACGCCAACAAUGGACCACACAAUGUCCAUGCAGCCAGCAAGUAUGAUGGGCCCCUUGACACAACAGAUGAAUCACCUUUCUUUGGGCACAACAGGAACGUAUAUGACGGCUGCUGCUCCUAUGCAAGGGACGUACAUCCCCCAGUAUACUCCUGUGCCUCCAACAGCUGUCCCUCUUGAAGGUGUUGUCGCCGAUACCUCUCCACAGACAGUAGCACCUUCAUCACAGGAAGCCAGUGGUCAGCAACAACAGAUGGCUGUGGAAACGUCCAGUGAACAUGCACCCACGUAUUCCUACCAACAGUCAAAACAAUAAACAGGACUGAAAAAUGUCGGUCUGAAAAGUUUGCCUUGAAUGGAGAAACUUCACCGAGCAAGAAGUUGGCAUCCAGUUUGCACAGGCAUCAACAGAGUUUUCUUUUAAUUUUCUACCUUACCCAACGAAAACAAAACAGUGUUUCUAUGUGCUGUGCAGAUUGUUCAGUCAUGUAGUCUGAUAGUUUUAUUUUUGCUAUUUUUUUAUUAAAGAAAAAAAAACCCACGGCAAAACACUGGGUUGGUCUUUUAUCUGGAUGAACAUUUGAAAUUCAGAAUUUACUUGGAAGUGUAGAUAGAUUUGUUUUUGUUUUCCAAAAAGACACAAAAACAGAGAACCGAUGAUGUCAAGAGGGAGCAAGCUGAGAUGAAAACUAAUGGUCUUCCUCAAGAAUCCAGCUACUCUUUCCCCUUUCCCUUUCUCCGUGAAAUCCAGUGUGUCUUUUAUUUUGGGUUCAUUUUUCUUUCUUUGUUGUUUUUUUUUAGAAAUGUUUAGGUAAGGUUUAUCUUGAAUCUUUAUUGCCUUAAUUUUAAGGACGUCAAAGGCUCUCAAGGCAAGCUGUCAACGUCUUGGUAGAAGAAAGGAAAAUGGAUUCAAACGUCCACGACAUCAACUGGUGAAGUUCAACAGACUGAAUUUUUAGGAUGAACAAAAAAUAUAUAUAUAAGCUGUACAGUUUAGCAGAAAACGAUCUUUUUCUUCUUUCGAAGAAAACUUGUUGAUAAAGGAACUGUGGAGACUUCGAGAAUUGAAAAACAUGCAGACUUUUAUGAACUUUCUUAGUGUUGACAGAGAAGAAUCUAGAAAGCUAAAGUGUUUUACAAUAAAAUUAUUGAACUAUGGGGGGGGGGAAUCAACUUGCAUUUUAAGGAAUGCAGGUUUUUUUUCUUGCAGAAUGGAGAUUUUUUUUUAAUUUACAAAGUGUGAUCGCUGGCAAAAGCAUUAGUGCUUUUUAUCUGCAGUCUUUUUUAUGAGCUUUAAAAAGUUUUUAGUCUGCUUAGCUUGUCACAUUGCAAACACCUAGCUUAAAAGCAUUGGGCGGGGGGGCGGAACUUAAGUAGAUAGGAGCUUAUGGUCAAAAAAGUGCAAAAAAAAAAAGCAAUAGCUAGAAGAAAUUGUUGACAAUUUCUGUAGUCUUUCCUAGUUGUGAUCAAAUGCAGCCUAUGGAUGGCCUAUUUUAUACCAAAGAUGAAAUGACAACCUACCGCAGUCCAGAAGAUAGAGUCGUUCCCCCCCCUUAUUUCUUCUUUUUUAAAAAAAAAAUCUUUAUUUGACCUACAUGGCCGGACCAGUUUCUUAACUUUGUGUUUGUUUAAACUACCUUCCACUGGUGUUGUACAUUCUAUAUGCUUAGGCUUCUAAUGGAAAGUUCUGAGUAGUUGGUACUUAGCAAUGCUUUGCGGAAUUUCACAGCAUGAGAAAGAUAUCAGUCGCCAGCUGUUCUUACCCAGGUGCAUUUAAACUUUGCUGAGCUUUUCCAUUGCGUUGUCCGAUUUCUUUUGUACUGAACCUACGGUCUUCCUUCUUCUCAGCAUCUCACAGGUUCGUUUCCUCCUCCUCCUCUUCCUCCUCCCUGGGUCAUCUUCCCGUGCUCAGAACCAGCCAUCUCCAUUUUGCAUUUUGGCGGUCUGCUCAAGUCACUUAGAAGAUGAUUCUAAAAAGUAGGCGAUCGGUGUUUUCGUCUUAACUCUCCCCUGCAAGAAGAAAGAUUAAAAUGGUUAGUUCUCUCAUGCUAGCAUGAAGCUAACAACCACUUUGUACUAACUGGCUUUCUGUUGUCUUAAUAUGUUUGCUGACAAUCAUUAAUUAGUUUGAUUAGGCAAAAGACAAUAGCAAGUACGUUGAAUUGGCAAAGAAACCCUAUUUUUAAAUGAUAAAAGAGUUUAUGGAGUCUAUAUAUUGGAGGGCCUAAGAGAAUUACCCUUCCCCCACCCAAAAAAGGGAAGGGUGUCAUGCAGUGAGAAUUUUAAGACUGGCAGUGAAGAAUUUUACCAGUGUAUGUGGAAAGUUUUAAAAGUAUGCAUUCCAUUCAUUUCCAACUUCCUUGUUCUCUAGUAAGUUUCAACAAGCGGCACAAUCCACUGGGAAUCUCUGCUGUGUAAACACGGUUUAAAAAUGAAGGGGAGUUAAGCAUAACAUAAGCCUGAGCAUUCCCAUAGAGGUUGGGCAGGUUGCUGGAGAUUACUGCUCCAAUAUUGCCACCACUCUUGAUGAAUGAGGCACCAAAGUAGAAGAUUUCUGUUCUCUGUGGCAGGCAAAAAGAUCUAGCGAAGGAAGCACUUAAACAAAGCCCAAAUGAUUGAAAUGGCCUCCAGUGGCAGCAGUGGUGGGGUGGCUGUUAAAUGAUAAUGGGUUCACCGCAAUGACAGUGGUGUCUUCAAAACAGGGUAACCAUACUGAAAAGUGACAAUAAUAUUAUAUAUAUAUAUAUAAAUGCUAAAACAGGUUUCCUUUGAAUCGACCAGGUUCAAUGGCCCCAGUUGUGAUGUUAAGGGUGCAACCUAUGAAACACACAAGCCUCAGCGAUAGGAUAGGAAGUUUGUGGGAGGAAUGUCCACGGAGUCCAUGGUUACUUUAAAUGACUUUUUAAAGAAUCAAGUAUUUUUUUAAGAAUGCUAAAAAGUGUUUCCUUAUUUUUAAUGUAAGUAUCUCUUGUUUGGUGGGGAUGGGAUUGGGUUACCCAAACAAAUGGCUGCUAAAUAUGCAACGUUAAAUAUGAAAAACGUAAAAAUUAAAAACAGUGGAACCAUCUAGCCAACCGUUAUAGACAAGGGGGCCUGGCUAUGUGAGAUUCUAAACGUACAUGUAGUUUUCCAGUUACUACAUAUGGACUAUUCUGACUCAAAGGACCACAGCGCUGGGGUCAUGGGGGGAGUUUCCAUGUUAUGUAAAGAUCUUUAGCUUCUUCCUUUCUUUCACGUGCUUUGCCACUGCUGUUUACUUUCUGUGAUCAUCACUUGAUUAUUUUCUCUUUUUUUCCUUUGGAAAGCAUGUGCCUGUUGGAUGGGACAUGGGGAAAAUAAUCAAGCCAGCCUUAUUUUUCUUCCUUUUAAUGCUGUAUCUUUUUUUCCUGUAUGUAUAAAAUAGAGAUUAUUCUUCUGUGGCACAAUUUUGUUGAAUAUGAAAGAAGCACGCGUUAUUGUUUUGUUCUUUUUUUUAAAAAAAAAUUGUUCCUGUACAAAUUCUAGUUUGGUGCAAAGAAAAGUCUCAUUGCUGUUGACAGUGAGGCUGCAAGGUAGCUACCGUGUGGCUGGUGGGAUAUGCUGAAGUACCUUCCCGAUUCUUCUGUUCAGAAAUCUGUUGCUUUAUUUAUACAUUCUCAUUUUGUUUGACUUGGUUCAGCAAAUACGGUUAAAUCACGGAAGAUUAAGUUGUCAGUGGGGCGGCGGCAGCAGCAAAUAGUCCAUAUCAUGACUUCAGGUGUUUUUU